AUGACGGGGCACGGCAUUCCGCUUGGCACCCUCAAGGAAUGUCUCAUGUUCCUGCUGGCGUUGCAUAAAGAUAGUGGCAAGCAACACCGGGUGGCCAAAGAACUACAUGAGCGUAUUCAUAGGUAUUAUAAUCCUCUGGAUGUUAAAUUGCCCGACAUUCAAUCCGCACUGUCCGAAUUCGUUAGGAAAGCGUCUGAGUUUUACACGAGAUUAUGCAAAUAUACACAGUCUGUGGAAUAUGGAGGGAAAAGCCCGGACCAAAUAUUUAACGCUCUCCUUGAGUGCAUCCCCAAGUUUAACGCUGCGAUGUACUAUCUUUGGUUUUGUGUAGAUCCGGGCUUCUCAAAACUUGAUGGAGGGGGGUGGAAACAGAACUGGCCGGGGUGGGAGAAGGAUUCGUGGUUUUAUGGUUCAAGUGGCGGUGAGCUGCAGGAAUAUCUCAGAGCGCAGGACGGAUCAAACUACGGCGGUAUGAUACCCGGAGAAUUCGCCCAUAGUGAGGUGAAGCAGGGAUCAAUUUGGAACCGUGGCUACCCUCAGGGUGCUGAAAUGUCUCUGGACCUCACAAAGCUUUUGGACAAAAACCAUCACAAUUUUUUCCGGGACGUGUUCGUCACUUCGGUGUUCUCCACAGAUCAUGGCGCUAAAGCUCACAACACUGCGAAUGCCCUUCGCGUGGUGAGAAUGUUAUGCGAAAUCGUGGAUGCGGAAAAGAAAGAUGGUGGUGGUGAGUUAAUACACAAAUUGGAAGAAGGCCUUAAAAGGAUAACCACCGCAACAUCCAUAUGCUGGAAAGAUCUAAAACAACAUUGCGCUCACCUAAAAGAACAAUUCAAAAAAUUGUUCGCCCCAAGACACUUCGACCACACCGGGCAGGGGAGAGAUACUUCAACGCUUGACACAAAGGAAUUCGCAAGCAAAACAGCGGAUUGGUUGAGAGGGAAUCUGACCUUUGUGCGGGGAAAUUUGAGUAAAAUUAAAAUGGAUGAUAGUCUCAACAACCAUCUUGGUGCAUACUUCACGACAAACCUUUUCCCAUUUGGAUUUACACUUUUUAAUGGGACUCGCUUUGACAUGACGCAAAGUGAUCUGAAGAAUUUACGAAGAGAUUGGCGUGAGGUGAUCGAAGAGUUUAGGAGAGGGAGUGAAGGCGGCUUGGAUAAGCUCAGCGCAAUUUUGCAUGGUAAUUAUACAGAAUCAUGUAAGGUUCCCAAGUCUCCACCUAAAAAGCCUGAGGCCCGGCCUAUAACAGUUACUAAAACUGACAGCGCAACGCCAGUUGCUACCAAAACAGAGGCUGCAAAACCUGUGGUCACUAAGGCCGAGGCGGCGAAGCCGACUGCCGCAAAACCUGAUGGAACAUCCAACCAAGGCAAGAAAUCUGAGGGAGGACAGAACCAGGGCAAGGAAGCUGAGGGGAAUCAAAAUCAAAGUGGAACUAGUCUUGGAGUUCUGCCAACUGUGAAGUCUUUUGUUCACACUCAGUCAUCCGGUGAUCCAGGAGCUCCAGGCUCUCAAGGGCCUAAAGGGGAUCCAGGCGUACCAGGGCCUCCUAGUACAGUGACCCCGGCGUCUCCUAAGUCUACAAUUACACACGUUCAACAAACUGUUGUUCCAGGACUGCCACAGACUCCCACUCCGCCUCCUCCUCCCCCUCUUCCUGGAGGCGGUGACGCCGCUGCUCCGCCAGGUGUCCCGGGUCCGGGUUCAACGGCCGGUGGCCCUCGAAGUUCACAGCCUGGUGUCUCUCCAGUCACUGUGCUUAAUCAGACUACAGGUGUUUCAGGUUCAGGCACUGAUCCACCUGUUGUCCAGAGGUCUGGUGAACCAAGUGGUGGAGGGACUGGGCAAGGCAGUGGUAAACCAACAAAUCAACCCUCCGAUCACAGUUCAAGCGGCGUCGCUACUACGUCGGUUACCACGGCGUCUGGUGGAGUUGAAGGUGGGAGUGGAGGCGGACAACAAUGUCCCGUUGACCGGGAAUAUAGGCAAAUCAAACUCUGGCCUAAUAGCGGUACGUACUGUGUCCGAACUGCUGACCUCAAAAGGCAAGAUGAGCUUGAUAAAAAAGUGCGUGACGCCCAAAGGGUCCAGGAGGAAACACUUGAGAAACUACAAGACGCUACACCUGCGACUCUAGACGGCUUCCAGCCUGCGGAUCAAUAUCCACAAUCUACUACUUAUUAUCCACGGUACUGGUCAGAUUUGUACACUUUUAACGGUAGUGCUGUGCCAGAUCCAUAUGUACAGCAGAAUGAACGUGAGCGUGAAGAACUGGAUAAGCUGUUAAAUGAGUCGGAAGAGCGUAAAAAGCAAGCGGAAGCAGAAUGGCACGGAGCGCAGCAGACAGCCUUUCGUGAUGCGUUGUCACGUGACACUAUAUUUGGUAGACAAAUAUCUGAUGGAAAUCUGGUCCCUCUGUGGAAACUGAAGCCAUCCACAUUCAGCGGCGAUGCAAUUUCAGAUACCUCUAGAAACGAUCCGUCUUAUGAGAAGUCGUUUGUAGACGGCCGAAAUGAAGUCAAUAGGCGAUUCAUAAAAGCAAAGAAGAAACAGGAUGACCGAGAAACAACUUCAAGAGCAGUUUCACAAAAGGCUCUACUUAAAGACCUUUUUAGAGGCGGCGAUGUCUACGUAUCGCAUCCACAGCCUGCGCCGCCUGAUCCACUGAAUGACUUCGACAUCCAUGUCAUACCACAAAAUAUCCAAUCGGCACCAGACCUCCCCGACCCAAAUAUUGUUCAGCAUGUUCUAGAUCGUAAAACUCCUCAGAUUGACAUUGAAGUCGUCAAUAGAAGGUCUCCGGAAUCGGACUUUAACCCUGCGGAUUUGUACUUUGAAAUUCCGAAGAAUGAUGUAUUAUCUUCUCCGGACUUCAUACCUGUGCCCCCUAAACUUCUCGUCGAGCCUAAAAUUUUUAAAACGUCAAAAUGCGAAGAAGAUGACCCUGAAUUGUGCGCCGCAGAUGAGGAAAAAAAUAUUCCCGACCUCUACAUCGACGUCCCCAAGCGCACAGUUACGGACCCCUCAUAUGACGUAAACUUGUAUUAUGACCCUCUAACUCCCCCAACCGCCGAGCCACUUGAGCCCAUCGGCCCAUCUACUACCGCCGUCGCAAUCAACUUUCCGCCAAUCGAUCCUCCGGAGAAUCUCCCCAAAAGGUUUGCCGACAACUACAAUCACAGCCCUGAUGCCAUUCAAAUGUGCGUAGCUCCCUGGAUCACCCAGAAACCUACGUAUGACUCUACCGACAUCCCCGAGACGGAGCUGUUCCCCGCCGAGGCGCCGCGCACAAUCAGGGAGAUGCUUGUUUGGAUGGCCGGGCUGCGGCAUCAAAAGCACCAAGACACUCUGAAAGACUGUAUUAACAACGCUUUCAAGCGCGACGAUGAUGACGCUUCCGGCCCCCCGCUCCCAGUCAACGAUUCUCACAUCAGCCCCAAACACAUCGUCGACAUCCUCCAGCUUGCCGCCGUGUUCGCAGCCUCGGUGCUCAAUUCCAUCGCGCCUAAGUGGAGUAUGGCAGUGCCGUAUGCAAAGUCGAAGCCCGAAGACCCCGAUUGCUGCGCCCUCCUCUGCCAGCUGCGGGACUACGUCUACGCCUGCUGCCACCAGUUGGCGUUCUUAAAGUCGCAGUGUUCUCGUAACACCAAGGACGGCGGUUGGCGAGAUUGUCAAUAUGGCAAUAAUGUCCCCAACUCUCCCCUCCAGGCCUUCCUGACUGACGCCCCCGACUCCAGCUUCAAGACUCACCCCUUCGACUCGUGCAACAUCUGCCGCAAGAGCCGUGUCAACAUGGGAUUCAAGCACGGUGAUUUGCCUGUAUCUCAGCAAACUGGCAACAUACUCAACGACAUCCUCACUCCCACUUGCGGCGGCGAGGAUCCCUUGCUGACAUUGGCCUCCUACCUCACCUGCCUCACCAGGCGGACGCCGCGCACCACCGGGGAGCUUGUCUCCUUCUUCCACAAUUUCGGGAGUGAGCUGCACGAUGUGUCUCUCAAGUUGUCUCAACUGGGCUCCGCCCUCUCCAAGCCACAUCUCAACUGCCCCGACUGGGAUUGUCUUGCUGCCGCCGACCUCCAAGCCAUCAGGGAAGCCCGGGGCUCCGCCCCUCCCACCUCCACCUCCAACCACAACCACUCCGAGGACCAUCCCAAGACGCUGUCCACGCUGCUUGGCUGCGGCAUCGAUAAUGCCAACUGCCCACAACAUCUCUCGCCCAUCACCUACCGGGCCUACGCCCUGUACGCUUCCACCUUCGUUCACCACUACCUCAGCUGGACGGUGUACCUAGCAGACGGACUGUGGGACUCACUGCUCAAGCUGCACUAUGAUCUCGAGGACCUUCACCGCCACGACUCCAAGUCCAAGCCUCUCCAUCAAUGUGACAAGGCCAUGCCCCUCCUCUACUCUCACGGCCUCACCCCGCCGGAAGGGACACUGCAGUCAUCACUCACGUGCUCCGGGCUCAUCUACAAGCUGGAGGAAGUGGUAAACACAUACCCUAUCGCGAGCCUCAUGAGCUGCAUGGAGACAUUCCUCUACAAUAUACGGACGCCCAUUAUUUACAUCCUCGGCACACCCUGGUGUACCGCAUUCCUCCGCUCCCAAACGAUGCUCCACCUCCUUGACGUCCUGCGUAUACGUUGUCACAUCAUACCAUCCAAGGCUUCGCACCUCACCGAUGUCAGGGCGCCACUCACGCAAGGGAAGAAGAUGCUCUCACUUUAA